GCGAGUAGAACCAAUCAAAUUUCAGCUUCAAAAUUUUCUAAACUAUGAUUGGAUAGAAAAUGUGUCAAUCGAGUAGAAACGGGGGUGGGCUUCUUCCGGCAAACAACAGGAUGUGAUCUCCUAACUGCCGUCAUUUCCUCCAGAUAGCGUCAGAAAUGUCGGUUUGCAGGGCCACGUUUUGAAGAAGGACGCAGAGUUUCUUCGGGGCGGUAACUUAAAAACAACUCCCGAUCCCGACCCGCCAAAAGCCGCGGAGAUUCACCGAGGAAGUGACCAUUUUGUCUAGAGAGUGAAACCAUGAGUGGUGGAUUUAACUUCGGUCAGUCUUCAGGCUUCUUCCCAGCCCAGAAGACCACCGCUGCUGCUGCUCCCACCGCAGGUUUCAAUUUAACAAACUCCGCUCCUACAGCCACCGGAGGCGGCUUCAGCUUCGGGGCUCCCACCAGUCAGACCAACACCAACCCCACCGGGUCCUUCAGCUUCGGCAACCCAGCGAAGAGCUCCGCACCCGGCACAGGUUUCUCUUUUGGGACCCCCACCACCACGUUUGGCCUGGGCACGGCCCCUCAAACCACAGCGGCGGCCCCGGGGCUCACUCUAGGCUCCAUGUUGGCUCCCUCUACGGGGACUGGGUUCACUCUGGGCGGGGGGUUGUCCUCUCAGACCACCCCUGCGGCUCCUGCAGGUGGAGGCUUCACCUUCGGAGGUGCCGCUCAGGCUCCAGCUGCAUCAACAGCUGCACCUGCAGCUACAACAGCAGCAGUAGCAGCAGCAGGCGGCGCUCCGUUUGGAGGCUUCAGCUUCGGGGGGUCCAAAGUCCUGGUGACCACAGCUGCAGCAUCUCCUGCUCCAUCUGCACCAGCACCAACAGUAGCAGGAGGUGGAGGAGGGUUCAGCUUCGGCACCACUGCCCCCCCCACCUCCGCACCUGCGACAACCCAGAGCGGAGGUGGAGGAUUCAGCUUUGGAGUGAAACCAUCGUCAACCCCGGCUCCGCCUGCCUACACCCAGGCUGCCUCUGUGGCUCCUUCAGGUCCAUCUCUGUUUGCUUCACCCCUCACCACGGCGACAGCAGCCCCUGCAGCAACCACAGGGUUCUUGCUGGGGACAGCUGCGGCAUCAAUACCGAGCACCGCAACACCGUCAGUUACAGGCGGGGGACUGAACUUCACUCUCAAGCCUCUGGGGUCAGCCGCUACCACGGCUGCUGCCUCCACCACCACAGCUCCAGCCGCCACGACUGGCACCGCUGUCGGUUUCAGCCUGGGAGUCAAACCUCUGGCCAGCACCGCCAUGACGGCCUCUACAACAGCCGCAACCCUCACCACUACCGCCGCCGCCGCCACCACUACGAAUCCUCCGGUGAUGAGCUACGCCCAGCUGGAGAACCUCAUAAACAAGUGGAGCCUGGAGCUGGAGGACCAGGAGAGACACUUCCUACAGCAGGCGACGCAGGUGAACGCCUGGGACCGCAUGCUGGUGGAGAACGGAGAGAAGAUCACGUCCCUGCACAAGGAGCUGGAGAAGGUGAAGCUGGACCAGCGGCGGCUCAACCAGGAGCUGGACUUCAUCCUGUCGCAGCAGAAGGAGCUGGAGGACCUGCUCUGCCCGCUGGAGGAGUCGGUGAAGGAGCAGGGCGGCACCAUCUACAUGCAGAACGCCGACGAGGAGCGAGAGAGGACGUACAAGCUGGCUGAGAACGUGGACGCGCAGCUGAAGAGGAUGUCACAGGACUUGAAGGAGAUCAUUGAACACCUGAACACAUCCAGUGGACCGGCAGACACCAGCGAUCCGCUUCAGCAGAUUUGUAAAAUCCUCAACGCCCACAUGGAUUCUCUGCAGUGGAUCGACCAGAACUCGGUUCUGCUACAGCGGAGGGUGGAGGAAGUGUCCAAACUGUGUGACACGCAGCGCAAGGAGCAGGAGAAAACCUUUCGCUUAAACUUUGACUGAAAUAAAUAGAUCUGAAUGCGCAUUGACAUAAUGCUACUUUUUGGGAAUUCUCCUUUGCCUCUACAUUACUCCUGUUUACCUCUACAGCUUUGUUGGGUUGCAGAAAUAUGAAUAGUUUUGAUUCCAUAAGCUUUAUAAACAUGUGAAUUCUUCUGUAUUUGAGGAAAAUGUUUCUAAUGUGUUUUGAAUUAGUAGAUAAAUAAAAUGGAUAUUUCUAAAAGUAGGUGUUCUAUGCAGACAACUGUCAUUUGUUGGCACAUUCUUCCCAUUUGUUAUGCUCAACUUAUAUUAAAACACACAUGCAGUGUAA